AUGUCCGACUGGGAGCCGUACCUCGGCGCGUUCGUGUGGGCGAAGCUCCCGUCGUACCCCUGGUGGCCGGGUGUCAUCGCGCCUGACGCUAAAGGGAACCACCGGAAAGGGAAUCGCUUUAAUGUCAACUUUUUUAACGAUAGUCAGCAUGCCUGGGUGACACGGGAGAACCUGGUCGCGUUCGCGGAGAACAUGGACAAGUGCGUGAAACCAACGCACCGCUUCUACGAUGCAGUGCGGAAGGCUAUAGCCGAGGCAAUUGAAGAGGGCGCGUUGAGCACAGCAGCCAUGCAAACCGUGACAGCUGCUACAACGGAUGCCGCUGCUACGGAUGCUGCACUGACGGAAGCAGCGUCGACGCUGCGUGGUGCUCGUGUGGCUCCCGCUUCGACAGCGUCUGCGGCAGCAGCGGACCACGCGACCAGUGACAAGCGUGCUGGGUUUCUGGACUCGGACCCAAGCGAGGCCACGGCUACGCGGAGGCGCCUAAAGCAGAGACGCAAGAUACCAGCGGAGGACUCCGAUGGAACCGAGACUGCUGCGAGUUCCAGCGAGUAUGCCGUAUCCGAGCCAGAGCAUGACCUCUCGGAGGGCGACGACGGCAGUGCCAAGUGUCGUGACGCGUACCCCGCACGAAUCGACGAAGCCUCAUCCGAGAGUACCGCUGAGCGCAGAGCGCUGGAUCGCUCUCACGACCCGAACAAGCGACGGGCACACAAACGCAAGUCGUCCACCGGCACCGAGUGGACGCCUCUGUCCGACGGCAUCUCUUCUGGGACUGCCAGUGGGCCGGCGGGAGCCUCACCAGGCUCCCUAGGUACCGGGAAUGCUCAGCAAGUGCGCAUGGCGGAACGUAGUCGUGGAGCCGGAAGCUCCAGUCACGGCACUGGAGCGAGCCGAACCGAACACAGUCGUCAGCUGGCUGCACUGCGCCAGCAGAACGCACAGAUGAAAGCGCGUUUGGCUCUCCUCGAGCGCAAGCUUGAGAAGUAUCCGCCCGCACCGCCGGAACCCACCCCGUUAACGCUUGACGCGAUUCGGGCAAGUGCAACAGGCCUCACGAGUCGACGAAGUAUUGGUGCUGAGGACCUCACACGCGUUGUGCACGGCCUGGAAGAGCGUUCGGCGAUGCUCUCUGAGCUGCAUCAGGCCUGGAGCGACCGGUGCAGCAAAUAUCGCGAGUGUGCUGCGCAGUUAGAGGAUCUCCGUCUGGCCGCUGCGCGAGCCGCCGAGGCCUUUGAGCUCGAGGAGCGAAGAAUCGCCCUUCAGCUUGCGGAAUUACUGCGAUAUCAGGUAACGCUGGAGGUUCUUCGAACGAGUCGAGCUGGGAAGCCCAUCAAGACGCUCGGCAGGAGCCUUCACGGGAAGAGUGCAGUGAUCGGGCGGCUUGCCGAGGAGAUUAUCAGCAAAUGGAAAGCCAUCGUUACGGAGGCACAGCGCGAGUCGCAGGAGCCGUCCCUGUUGCCGACUGGCGAGUCCGAGCGGCUUCAAACGCGCGAUCCGAGUAGCUCGGGUUCCGAACUGCUCGCCGCUCCAAACGAUGCGACAAACGCGCGAUCGGGGUUGAAUGGUGCUGGUCGUGUACAACCCGACGACCUCGGGCCUAGCCUGCAUACAACUGCUGACGCCAGGAUGGACGUGCACGGGUCUGUUGCCGGGGUAGCGGAUGCGGCUGGCCGUGAAGGCGCGUUCGCGGCAGUGCAGCAGGUCGCUACAGAGACCGGCUCCUUCGACGCUGGACCUGUGUCGACAUUGGAGAGUGCGUGGAACACUGCCAACGCAACCGAGGUAGACGGUGAUCAGCAGCAACAGCAGCAUUCAGACCGUAUGCAGACGGAGCCAAUGGUGUCAGCGUUACCACUGCCGCCCGGAAAACGCGGAGAUAUCGUGCGAGCGCUGACUGACGUUUUCAUCGCAGCAGCAACUGAAGAGGCAACACCUACAGAGCACGUGAACGCAGCUACAAUCAAUCUGUGUCGUUCCCUUUGUAUCGAACUAGAACGGGCGCUGAAUGCAAAGUUCUCUUUCGACUUUGCCCGCCCGGACUAUAGUGCCAAGUAUCGGGAACUGAAAGCAAACCUACGGCGAAACGCGGACCUGCGGUGGCGUCUACUGCGACAAGAGCUGUCGCCAGCGGAGCUCGUGGAUAUGAGCGCUGAAGCGUUGAAAACAGAGCAGGCGCGGGAGCGGGAAGCGGAAAUUGCUGAACGAAUGCUCUUCCACAAACAAAGGGGUAUUCCACAAGCAGCAAGUACGGAUCAGUUCCGCUGUGGCAAAUGCGGUCAACGUUCCUGCACCUAUUUCCAAAUGCAAACACGCUCCGCAGAUGAACCGAUGACGACGUUUGUGACGUGCACACACUGUGGAAAUCGAUGGAAGUGCUAA